AUGGCGUCCCGUGGUCGAAGCGCUGUCGCAGGUGAAGGCCCUCAUAGCGAUCGCAGCUACGACUCAAGCCCUGAUCCCUUGGCGCUCUCCUUCAAUGACAACACACCGGCAUCACGGCGCAAAUCCGUCGCAAGGAACCCGAUGACGGCCAGCUCGCCGACGAAGCAGCAUCGUAGAUUGGAAGCGUCCGAAAUGAUGUUUUCGUCGCCAUCCAAGUCGAUGAUUAUGAGUACGCCUAGAGGGCCCGGCGCAAGUCCCUGGCGCAUCAAGGUCACCGUCCAAGCCGAACCAGGAACAGACGAAGAGAACGCCGAGUCUCCAUCCGUGAAGCGCGUGACGAGAACUAAAACAACAACGGUGCCUUUGAAGGACCACGACAUGUCUUCGCCCGUCAAACGCCCUCGCGGCCGGCCGAGGAAGUCGGACAUCGCCGCCUCCCCGAAUCCCAAGCCCAAGCCUAAGCGAAAAGGUACACCAGUGAAGAGAACGGCACGAUCAGGAUCCCGAGACAUCAACAUGAGAGCUGGAGAGUCAAGCGCCGCCGAUGUGGACACCGACGUACCCCCUAAGAGGAGGAGAGGCCGUCCCAGGAAGAGCGUGCAGCCAGCGACUGAGAACGACGACAUCAUUGUAGAUGGGCCAAUCCGAGAGAUAACCCCUGCUCCCUACUCAAGUUCAGUGACAGGAGGAUCGAAGAAGAGUGCACGCUUUGCAGACUCCUCUGACCCCGCACAACGAACAUCGUCGAUUGACCCUCCAGACACACCUGUUCGAACAGCAUCAGGAAGGAAUUUGCGAACUCGUAAAGGCACCCCACAUGCAAACAAGGUCGUCCUAAUUGAAUCGGAAGAGGAGAAAGAUAGCGACGUGCUCACGCCAACUAGUGGAGAAGACGACGCCUUUAGAACCAGCCAAGAUCGUUACGUCUCCGAGGACCGUGAGGGUAGCCUUCUCACGCCAAGCGAGACCUCUGCACACUCAAGUGACGGAGGUGGUAAUGUAGAUGGUGAUUACGACGACGACCUUCCAGAUGCCCAAGAAUACGAAGAUGAGCCCGGAGAACAGGAUGCCACUACCAAAUACGCUUUCGACGAAGGCACAACGCGAAAGCUGGAUGAUACGACUGUUCUCGACAGCAUGACCUUUAGCAUGAUAUCGGUCGAUUCAUUGCGCAGCAAUGGUCCACGGAGCAGCCCGUUGCAACCUGAAGAAGCACAAACUACCAGAGCUGCAGCCAGUGGAUCAAAGCUCAGGAAUGAAUUCUUGCGGCCAUCUUCGUCUGAGCCUCCGAGUCGCGAAGAGCAGGCAUUGCCACCAUCACAGAGCCUCACUGUUGAAGCGGCUGCCAGCUCAGGACGCCCCAAAACAUCACGUCAUGUGACCCCAGCCAUGGACGCCGAGAUUCCAUCAGCCCCACCCGAUGCUCCUCGGUCCUCUGCCUCAAAGUCGCAGAGUCCAGGGCUCGGUCGUGCAGUGACUGCUGGUGUGGCUUUGCAAGGCCUGUUAGACCCUGACCGACUUACACCAGAGACUUCACAGAAAGCGCUUGAUGAGAACCGCGACCAAUUAGACGAUCUUUUCCGAGGUUUCAGCGACAGUACACGAAAGGAGCUUCAGGCAGGUCUGCGUCUUGGGGAGCAGCUUGCAGAGGGUCAGACGAAGGAGGCCAGUCCACCUCUUCCCUCGAGUCCGAUUAGAGGACAACCCAAGACCGCCCCCAAACAAGGUGUGUUCCGAACGCGACGAAAGUACAGUCAAUCGCGUCUUCUUACACCAGAAGAUCAGGAUCAUGUCGUCACAGCGUCGGAGCCCGCAGCCGCAGCCGACGUCCAGUACCCAACCUUGAAUGCCGAUGAGAUGGACAGUGCACCCCUGAGUCCUGCGCGAAGCGAAAACGAGAUGAGCUGGCGAGUCGACACUCCUUCGCGUGCAGCUAUAAGCGCGGCACAAGCAAACACCAACGAAGACGAGGCGAUAGAACCCAGAGUUCUGCCACGGCAAGAUGACUUUGGUGAUAUCUGGCAAGAGGAGGGCUAG